ACGAGCUUGACAUCGAUCCUGACUAUUUGUUUCGUGUCUACGACAGUCGGUAAGCCGCGAAUUGAAAAUGGAAAAGAAAAGUGCACUUUGCCAAUUUUCGACGAGGUCAAAUAUAACAUGCUUCCUCAUUCUUGGUAUCACAUCCUGAACACAAACGAUCCCGUUGAACACCACGUCCCAUGUUAUGCAUUCCUAUUCUUCCACGAUUCUCACGACGACGGUUCCUACGGAGAAUUUCAAGAUAUUUCCUCGGCAGAAAAGGGUGCAAUAAGAUUUAAUGGGGUAAUACCAGUUCAUUGGUAUCAUAACGGAAGCUCUAUCAUUAGAUUCGACGAAAAGUUUGAAUACUUGUGGUUGAAUGAAGCAAAAUAUAACGGAGCCGGAGAUAACGCAUUUGCAGAAAUUAAAAACUUUUACGAUCGACCCAUGAGUUGUUUUACAGAUUAUGAGCGUUAUUUUAUGUGCUUGCAAUGCAACCACUUAGGUAAACGUUACAUAUGGAUCCACAGCCGCAAUCCGCAUCCCAGCGCACAAGAUAUUUUACGAGCUCGAAAUAAGCUUGUUGAAAUUGGCGACGGCUGGAGCUCAGUUCCACUGCACUUAUCCGACUGCCGUAAUUUUGACGAACCAGAAAAAUUUUCCUAUUAA